AUGGAGGCAGAGGUCGAUGAGCUGGAACUGAUGUUCCAGAAAGGUGACUCUGAUCUGGAUUUUAUUCAGUACAGGCUGGAAUAUGAAAUCACAUCUAAUCAUCAUGAUUCAGCCGGAGAGAAAAAUUCAGUAACGUUCUUGAAGGCAUUGUCAGCAAUAAGGUCUCGAAACCAAACUUUAUAUGCAUGUUUUAAACCUGUUGCUACUGAACAGGAGACUAAGAGCCGCAUUUGUACUACUUUGAAGAAGAUUACGACCAUGAUAGAAGAACUACAAGAGCAAGCAGAUGUGGAGCUGUUACCACUUACUGAAGAAGAAAAAACUGGAAUGGAGCAGUUAAAAUCUCGUACGCCAUACUUACGAAGAAAUGGAACUGCAAGAGAACUCUAA